AUGCCUCUUGAAAAUAUAGGAGCUGAAGGUUCUAUAAAUACUCAUUGGAAAAGCACAGUCAUCGAAAACGAAUAUAUGAAUGCAUCUGUAUCAAAUACUUAAGCCUAUUAUAGUGGUUUUACAGCGAAUCUUUUGAGAGACACAGGUUUCUAUGAUGAAAUAAAUGAAUCUAUGGUAGAAAAAAUAUUCUAUGGAUAAGGAGUAGGUUGUCAACACAUCACUGGUUAAUGUGAUUCUAACAGAAGAGAAUAUUGUGAACCUGAAAUCGAUGAUGAAUUAUGUGAUUAUUAUCAUCUUGGAGCUUCAGAAUGUUCUAAAGGUUAAUAUAAUGAACAUAAUUGCAAUACAUUUGAAAUUUACGAAGAUUCGAAAUGCUGGAAUAUUAAAAGUGAUCGCAAUACCAAAGAUAAUCAGGAAAAGUUGGGCGUUCAAUUUGGAAUUAAUUCCAGAUGUUUUAACAAUUCUAUAUUAAAGGAAAAAAGCUAAUAAUAAAAAAUAAUUAUAACAGGAGAAUGUUAUUAAUAUGAAUGUAAAUCUAACGGAUAAUAAGUGACUAUUUAGGUUGGAAAAACUAAAGUCACAUGUACAUAAAAUUUGUAAAGAUUGAAGGUUAAGGGAUAUAGUGGAGAAUUAAUAUGUCCUGAUAAUAUAACCUAAUUUUGUGGGUUUAAAAAAUUUUGUCCUAAUUUCUGUAAUUCAAAUGGAUAUUGUAUUAAUAAUAAAUGUUAUUGUGCUAAAAAUUACUUUGGAAAUGAUUGCAAUAUUAAUAUUCCUUUACCAAAAAAAUGA